AUGACCAUCGGAGACCUUCUGAACCGCCAGGCGGACCGGUUCGGUGACCGAGACGCCCUGGUCCACGUGGACUGGGAUCUUCGCUACACCUGGAGCCAGUUCAGGGAAGAGUGCGAAAGCAUUGCCCGCGGCCUGAUGGCCCUGGGCAUCAACAAAGGCGACCACGUAGCCCUCUGGGCCACAAACUACCCCGAGUGGGUCAUUGCCCAGUUCGCCACUGCUCAGAUAGGGGCAGUGCUGGUUACAGUUAACCCGGCCUACCGCACUCAUGAACUGGAAUACCUGCUCAGCCAAUCGGACGCUGCCGCCCUCAUGCUCAUAGGCAACUUCCGGACUUCCGACUACGUUGGAAUGCUGCAAGAGGUGGCGCCCGAGUUGGCCCAUUCGUCGCCAGGCCAACUCCGGUCGGACAAGUUCCCCGUACUCCGCAACGUGAUCACGAGCACGGCGCCCCCCUCGGGCAUGUUUUCCUGGCAUGACCUGCGGGGCCUGGGCGGAGAAAUCACCCCGGAGGCUUUGGCCCAGCGCCAGGCGGAUUGUCACCCGGAUGACGUCAUCUGCAUCCUGUACACCUCGGGCACCACCGGCAACCCCAAGGGCGUCAUGCUCACUCACCACAACCUGGUGGCCAACGCCACUUACACCAAGGAGGGCCUCCUGUUUACCGAGGAGGACCGCCUCUGCAUUCCGGUGCCCUUCUACCACUGCUUCGGCUCAGUCCUCGGCACCCUGUGCUGCGCCACCGCCGCCGCCGCCAUGGUGGUCCCCUCCGAGUACUUCGAACCCGAAAAGGCCCUGGUGGCGGUGGAAAAGGAGCGAUGCACCGCAAUCCACGGUGUACCCACCAUGUUCAUCGCCGAGUUGGAGCACGCCAACUUUGACCAGUUCGACCUCGGCUCCCUCCGCACCGGCAUCAUGGCCGGCUCUCCCUGCCCCAUUGAGGUCAUGCGCCAGGUAAUCGACCGCAUGGGUUGCCGGGAAAUGACCGUCGGCUACGGCCUGACCGAGGCGGCCCCCAUAAUCACCCUGACCAGGUCCGACGACGCUAUCGAGCGGCGGGUGUCCACUGUGGGUACCGCCGUUCCCUACGUUGAGGUGAAGAUUGUAGACCCGGACACCGGGGAAGAAGUGCCCGUCGGAGAGCAGGGCGAGCUGUGCUCCCGCAGCUUCAUGAACAUGAAGGGCUACUACAAAAUGCCGGAAGCCACCGAGGCGGCCAUCGACGCUGAUUCCUGGCUACAUACCGGAGACCUGGCCACCGUGGACGCCGACGGUUACUUCAAGAUCACCGGACGCUCCAAGGAUAUGAUCAUCCGCGGCGGGGAGAACGUCUAUCCCCGGGAAGUCGAGGAAUUCCUCUAUACGAACCCCAAGGUGGCCGACGUCCAGGUAAUUGGUGUCCCCGACCAGCGUUUCGGAGAGGAAAUUAUGGCCUGGGUGUCGCUGCGGGCAGGGCAGGAAGCCACCGAGGAAGAGAUAAUGGACUUCUGUCGAGGCCGGAUCGCCCACUAUAAGGUGCCCCGCUACGUCAAGUUCGUGUCCGAGUUCCCCAUGACCGUCACCGGAAAAAUCCAGAAAUACGUCAUGCGGGAGGUCUCCAUCCAGGAACUGCAACUGGAAGGCGCCGCCAACAUCGAGACCGCCUAG